GCAGUGUGGAUUGUUUUGACACAUGUGCCGGAGCUUUGCCGUCACUAUCCCGACAAAACUGCCCCUGCCUUUCUCUCUCUUUCUCUCUCACAAACACACGGACGUGCCACAGUGCAGCCGUGCACGUUCCUCAUUGGUCCCAGAAAGCGAAAAACAGGUGACGCAACACGGAAGUAUCGGCAGCAGAGUCUUCGGGCUGUGGUGUGUUUAUCGAGGCUGUGUGUGUGAAGGCUCUUGGAGAAACAACGACGCGACAUGAAGGUGUUUUUUCCCGGUGUACUGCUGCUCCUGUGUGCGCGGCACACCGACAGCUGGGAUGACGGCAGCGUACUGCUGCGGGACAUCCAGGCACUGACUCUGUACAGGAACCGGUACACCACAGCCAGGCGCUCCAGCCCGAUCCCUCAGCUCAAGUGUGUUGGAGGGUCAGCGGGCUGCCACGCCUUCGUCCCAGAGGUGGUUCAGUGUGUGAAUAAAGGCUGGAAUGGAUUCGAUGUGCAGUGGGAGUGUAGGACUGACAUGGACAACACACAUCGAUUUGGUCACAUUGAGGUGAGCUGUGAGGGCUACAGUCACCCUGCUGAUGCCUACAUACUGAAAGGGUCUUGUGGGCUGGAGUACACACUGGAACUGACUGAAGAGGGCCAGAGGAGGGCUCACAGUAGUAGGGGUUCCCGCAGUGGGUUUAAAGAUCUCUGGGGAUUUGCCUCCAGUUUCUUUACUGGUUCAUCAGAAUAUGGGCAGCAGCAUGACCGUCAGAGCUCUUACCCUGCAGGCACUCAGGACUCAGGAGGACUGCUGGUUGUUGCUGUGCUUCUGCUCUUAGCCUAUGGCAUCCAUAAACUGUUCCUAAGUGGGAACACCACUGGGGGGCAAGAUGGUGGACCAGCUACACAUUCUGGACACAAUUACCAUGGCUCCAUGGGUGGACCACCCCCACCAGGAUUCAAACCAGACUACACAGACUACCCUGGAGCCAACCCCAGUUAUGGUUUCCACAGUGAUUACACUCACAGACACCAGUACCCAGGAGGCCAGGCAGCUUCCGGCACAGGAGGAGGUUUCUGGACUGGAAUGGGAACAGGCGGGGUGCUUGGAUAUCUGUUUGGUCGUCAGAGGAGCCAGCCCUACAAUUCUAACUACUCCACUCACACUAACAGACCUGCCAGAGAACCUCCCUCUUCCGGGACACGCGUUACUUCAGGUUUUGGAGGAACCAAAAGAAGAUAGAAGCCCCCCCCCCCACACACACACGCACACACACACACACACGUCUGGUUUGCUAUCCUCGUGGGGACAUCCCAUUGACAUAAUGCUUUCCCUAGCCCCUUACCCUAACCCUAACCAUUAAAAAUGAAUGCCUAACCCUAACCCUUACCCUAAACCUAACCAUAACCUAAUUGUAACCCUGACAGUAAAACCGCAUUUUGAGUGUGAAAAUUGCUUUCAACCCCGAGGGGACCUGGAUUUUGGUCCCCACAGUGCAGAAAGUCCCCACCAGGAUAGUAAAAGUCAGAUUUUGGUCCCCACCAGGAUAGUACGAACCCGUACACACACACACACACACACACACACACACACACACACACACACACACACACACACACACACACACACACACAUUUCUGCAGUGGACAGUGUGGACAGAAUAUGACUAAGUGCAUUGAUCUGUUUGCUGCUUGCAGGCUGUAAUCCUUUCUUCAAGCAGAGACGUCCAAACAGAACUUUACUGCUUGGUUGUGUGUUUCUUGGGAGAGCUUGCUGUGGUUCAGUAGUUUCUGUCAGCGCGUGGUUUGGAUUUUAGCCUAAAAGUUUUACCGUCCAGCAUAAGAAGCUUGUAGGGCUUUAUUAAAACGAUAAUAAUGUUUCAUUGAUAAUUACUGGAUUUGGGUUUUUUUUGUAGGCAAGGUAAAUAUUUGAACUCUUUAACUGCAACCUUCUGCUCAAAUGUUUGUAUCUGUUACGGUGUUCCUCUGCUGAUGGACCUUUUCCCUUCCAAUAAAUGAAAUAUUAGAAUUGACAAAAUGGUUAAUAAAAUGGUAAAAUAAAGUGUACUGCUGCUCUCUGGCUUUGUGCAUCAGCUAAGAAAAAGCCUUAGACUUUAGACUCAUGGAGAAAAUCCACCUUUCAAUCAUCUGUGCAUACUCAUCACUGGAUGAGUUUGCACUAGGGCUGUGCGAUAUGACCAGAAUCUCAUAUCCCGAUAUAAAACAUUUCUCAUCCUGAUAAAGAUAUAUAUCACAAAAUAGUGGUUUUUGUGUAAAUUCUGUGAAUCUCGGGCAACUCGACUUGUUUUUAGCUGGGCGUCGUGUACCUGGCAUCGAGUGUUUUGACAGAUGCAUGAAACUAUAUAUUUUUAGAUAUACGUUGUAACGGCCAUCAUUUUCUUUGUAUUUAUUACAUGGCGUGUUGCGGGGAAAAACCUGGCGGCUCUUUUUUGCUUCUCAUCCAUAAACUCUCCAUACUCUUUCAUGUGAUUCUUGCAUAGGUGGUAGAAGAGGUUUGUUGUGUUUGAGUCUGUGGUGGGAACUGGUUUGCGGCAUAAUUUGCAUAGUACAGUUUUCUGGUCCGUGUCAGACUUUUGCAUAACCAAACCAUGUCCAUGCUACAGAGGUAUCCCCUUGUUUAGGAAUAAGGUCCUCAAUUGGUUUUGACUGGUCCUUCUGUUUGGAGCUGCCUGGUUCUGCCUCAUCUUCACUGGUCAUGCUGGUAUUCUCUGUGAGUGUAAGCGCCAUUUAUAGUUACUUCAUGUUUUUAUUUGAGGUCAUUUGUUUGAUGCAUAUUCUGAAAUUUGAUGUUUGAGGAUAAUGUAUAUCAUUUCAGUUUAUUUUGAAAAGUCUCAUCAGGAUCUUGAGCUUUAUUGUGAAAGGUUUAUGUGGAAAAUAAACAAGCGGACGGCGGAGCCACACAAUGGUUUUACCAUCGCUGUUGCUAACGAACCAACGGCUAUUCCGUCUGUAGUGUGGUUAUUUUAAAUAUAAGAGAAAGAGAACUUAGCAUAUAAUAUGAAAUGAUCGAUGUUUUCAUAUCGAUAUAUUCAUUUUGAUACAUAUCGUCAUAUCAAACAGCCCUAGUCACUUGAUAAGGAAUCCCUUGUCAUCCCCCCAGCCGCUGUUUGUGAGGCCCUGGUUGUGCCUUUAUAAAGCUUUACAGGAAAAGCUGUCGAUAUUUAAGAAAUGUUUCUGAUCACACUCAACAACACACCAAGGUAGAAAACUGAUUUCUACAAUCCUCAUUAUAAUUGCAUAUUUAAAAUAUCAAAACAAAGUGUGCGCACUUCUCGCUUUCCAGAACGUAUGAGACGUACAGGCACAGAUGGGCCCACACUAAAUACAAAUAAAUACAGUGCAGGACACUGGUGUGCGCCCUGGUGCCUGUACUAUGUGAAAAAAGGUUAAACAUUGACUAGUGAUGGAUCACUUUUAUUCAGAGUAGUGAAUAAGUAUUUAGACUCUUUACAUAAAUUAUAAUCCUACAAAACAGUCUUACAUUAAUUUCAUAUGAAAAUAUAUUCAAAAUAGAAAGUAAAGUAAAACAUUCUUUAACAUUGUGUUCCUUUUCACGAUAUAUUAUUGAAUGAUAAAUGCUGAUUGGCUAAUGUACUUUAAUGUUGCAUAUGACACACAGUACGGUCAUAUUAAUAUGACAGCACGGGUCACGAUGAUGCAAACGAGCUCCAACAUUUAAUGUUACACUGAUGUUCUGACACAACAAACGUUAGAUGAAAAGCAUCAGACACAAUAAUCUUUUACAAUUGUGUCAGCCUCUCACAUAUGUUCUCAGGCUGAUCUGCUUUCUUGCAACUUGUGAAAGUUGCAAGAAUGCAAAGUUGGUUGCAUUUAAUAGACUUACAUUUGUUUAUAUUAGCUAGCUACUGACGGGACUAAAACUAAAAAUUAGUCACUUUUGUACUGCCCCUCACUGCAACAAUGAGUUUUAUGUUAAGAAACUAAGGAUAUACUGUUUACUUUCACUGUCUGUCUCUUUGGCAGUUGGUGGUUCAUUACAUUAAAUACAUAACAUUACAUCUACGGGUGCAGCUAGUCAAACAAUGACACUUGCUGCUUAAGAGAUCACAUGACUGAUGGGGUUUUGCUGACUAAGUGCCUUUUUUUAUUUUGUGAUUUAGGGCUAUAUAAAUACAACUAAAUAGUAGGACAAGACAGAGAAAUACUUCUACACCACAGCACAGUCUUUUGCCCUCACUAUGUCCAAAGGAUUCAAGUGUCAGAGGGCUUAUGUUAGCAGCUGUGCAGAGAUUCCCCCUGCACAACUGCUAACUUAAUAUGGAUCGCACGAGAGCCCACACAAUUUGCAAAUCAUGUUCAAGAUAUCAAUUAAUAGAAAGAUGUGGACGUAAUGCAUCUGAACGGUUGCUUUGGGGAUCCUCAUCCUUAUCUACAGGUCAAGAGAGGAGUUGACUGUAUGUCUGUAGGAUUCUGUGACAGGGAGAGAAAUUUUUAGAGCUGCAAUGUCUCUAAAGAGAUUUUAUUUAUUCUCAAGGAUCAUUAGAUUUGAUGACUGGGAAUCAAGAUCGGUUAUAAGGCAGGGAUAAUCUGCACUGUGUGACAAAUUCAUGACACUAGGCCCACGAAUGGUUUAAAGGCCCCUGACCCUUCAAGGCAGUAUAUGGCUGCAUGUGAUCUUACUGUAUUUUAAUGUAUGGAACAGAACAUUUAUACACAGAAGCCAGAUGGAGGAGCUGCUGAAAGAAACUAGGGGGACAGUUUUUCACAUCAUACAAACUAGGACAGUAGCUUCCCAAAACAAAGCUGACAAUGGUUGGAACGCAUAUUAAUGCAAAUGAGGACAUUGUCUCAAUUCCUUUUCUCCAAGAUAAAAAUCCACUAUACUGAAAGCUUAAAAUAAAAUAUAACCUUAUGACAAAACACGAACUACACGUCUGUUGCUAAUUGUGUUCCAGUAGAGACUGAUUGCAAUCAUUAAACAUGCUUUUUCCUGUUUAAAAAUGAGAUACAGACAUAAUAUGUUAAUGGUUUAUGAAGGGAAAUUUUAUGUCAGACUUGUUAUUAAAACCCCAAAUAUGUCCAGAAGAAUACCAGAAGGUCCCAAAAGUGAAGACCAUACACGGGUUAAUCUGGAGAAUUUCUGCAUUUUAGGAAAUUUAAACGGGGUGAGCAUGUUCAAUAGUUAUUUCUGUUAGAUAUUUUAUGAUUGAUGAGACCCAUGUGGGCCACUCAAGUCUUCCCAUGAUCACCAUCACAUUUCUAUAAAAGUAAUCACAGUAUACUGAUUAACUAUAUAUUACUACUAUCAUGGCUAAAGUACUGAUAUUUCACUACCCUGAUCAUGUAACCAGCAGGCCACCUCCAGUCAACUAACUGCACCCCAGUUAGCCCUGAUGCUGUGCUGUAGUGACGUGUUUGAAGUGCACAGGAUACAGCACUUUAUGAAUGUGUGUGUGGUUGGGCUGAUGCAGCUUGAGCAAGUAUAGAAGUGCUCUAUCAAUUCCAGUCUAUUAGGGUACAAAUCUCGGUGGGACCUUGUCCUUUUUGUUGUUUAAUGUGUGCUUUUCUCUUGUUUUGCAUACAUUUCUCCUGGUUGCUGCUUAUUCCUACUGUCUACUAUUUAUGUUUUAUCCUGGCAAAGUUACUGUGGAGCACCCAAUUUCAUGUACAUAUACAAUGCCAAUAAAGGGCUAUUCAAUUCAAUUCAAUUCAAUUAAGCAGGUGACAUCAAAAGUCUGCUAAAUUCAAAGACGUGAAUCUUUUCACUUCUUUUUUAUUCAAAAUAGCAUCUCUGUGUCAGAGUAAAGCUGGUUUUAUGGUCCUGCAAAUGUGUCCGACUGCAUACAUUUUUCAGUUGGACAGAGCAGGAAGAGGGGUUUUUAGAAGCUCCUGGGCAGUCUCCAAGAUCCUGGCUGUGCACAGCUGGAAGCAGAUGAUGUAAGCAACUCCCAAAACUUAUUUGGUUGACAAGUGGGCAGGUAUAGAGCAGGGAUGGCGGGUUUAACCGGUAAUAAGAGAACCAUGAAAAACAAACAAACAAAAAAGUUCAAAGAAUUAAAAAAAAAAAAUAAAAAAAAA